UGUUGAAGACGUACACAACAAAACCGGAAGUGUUCACUGAAAGUGUUCUUUUAACAUGCUGCAUUUAGAACGUACAUUUUCUGGUAUUAGUAUUACUGUGAGUAUCUGUUAAUAUCGAGGUUGUCGUUCGUAACCAGUCGCUGAUCGUGAUGGAUCACAGGAGAAAAGACAAAAGGUCUCCUGUUCGCGACGGCAAGAUGAAGAUUAAACAGGAAAAAGUGAGUCCCACCAGGCCUCCGAGAUCGCGGCGCUCGAGUUCGGGUUCAGACCGCAGCAGUGCGAGUCCUCCGGCGAGAAGACGGGAGCACAGGGAAAGAGACAGAUCGCCUGGAGAAAGAGACCGCUUACCGGGACGGCACGGGGACAGACCAGCCCGAGACAGCGGGAGGAGUCGGAGUCCACCCCACGGAGCUGAUCAUAGGAUAAAGCGGGAAAAAGAGGACCAUAAUGAAAGAGUAAAUAGGUUUCAUGAGCAGAGAGCAAAACGAGAAGAACAGCGGCAUCACCAACGAGACCGUGAAAGAGGCCAGGAGCGGCACAGAGACCGGUCUCGAGAACGGGAAGCAAAUCUGUACCAGAAGCAGCAAGCAGAAAGGGAGCAACAGAACGAGCGUCGUCGAGAGAACCGUCAGAGGCUGGAGGCAACUGAUGGAGAUGAGACACAAGCCUUUGGCGGUGAAGAGGAAGAGACUGAGGCCCCUGCUGCCGAGAAAGAAAAGCCCAACUUUGAACUGUCAGGUGCUCUGGUGGAAGAUACCAACACGUACAGAGGUGUGGUUAUUAAGUAUAACGAGCCUCCUGAGGCCAGAAUCCCUAAAAGACGAUGGCGAUUGUAUCCCUUCAAAAAUGACGAGCCACUUCCUGUAAUGUACAUCCACAGGCAGAGUGCUUAUCUGCUUGGAAGGCAAAGGAAGAUAGCUGACAUACCUAUUGAUCAUCCCUCCUGUUCCAAACAGCAUGCUGUAUUCCAGUACAGAUUAGUGGAGUUUACACGAGCAGAUGGCACCACAGGCAGGAGAGUGAAGCCCUACAUUAUUGACCUUGGUUCAGGCAACGGUACUUUUCUGAACAACCAGCGUAUAGAAGCACAGCGCUACUAUGAACUCAAAGAGAAGGAUGUGCUGAAAUUCGGCUUCAGCAGCCGCGAGUAUGUGCUCCUGCAUGAGUUUUCCGACACGGCAGAGGUCGAUGCUAAGAGGGAGGAGGAGGAUGACGAGGACGAAGGCGUUGAUGAAUAGUCACUGCUCAGUUUACCAAAGGGCUUGUUUUAAUAGACUUCUACAAAGAGAUCCGACUGUACAGUCUCGAUCGCUUUGAUAGAGCAAAAUGUUGCCUGGUUUUAUGGUUUUGAUGUGACUAUUAUGUCUAAAUGAGGUUUAUCGAGAAAUACACUGAUGGGCUUUGGCCUGCCUGCUUUCUGUAUAAAUCUAUUCUCAGGUGGACAGCAUUAGCAUCAUAUCAGAUGGCAUUGUGUUGUCUGGUACUGCCCAGGGUUGUCCCUUUAUCCCAAGUGCUCAACGCCAGAUCAAAAUCUAUAUUUUUUGGAUAAUUUGUUGUCAAGAGCAUCUAGAUUCUGUAAAUAUCUUGAAUAUCGUCGGUUUAUUUUAGUUUGUAAUUCUUAGUCAUGAGAAAUGUUUUUUCUAGUUUGAAGACUUUUCUUUAGCAUAAUGAUGACAUUAUAUUCAUUAUUGUUCUACUCAUGGUAAUAAUCUUUUUUGAAUUUUUUUUUUAUUGAGUUGCAAAAUAUUCCAUACGUGUUUUGUGUUUUAGAGGCUUUGUAUUGUAAAAUAAAAACUGGAUAUAAUGUUUUUUUUUUUUUCUUUUCUUUAUUUCUAAUUUAAAAAAGCAAAAUGUGCCAACAUUGUCUUACAACCACCAACAGGCACUGAGGGUUGUGCUGAAUUCUCACUGAGAUUUUCCAGGUAUUUAUAUUUCCACUUCUGCAUUAUUCUGAUUUUGUUGGGGUGAACUGAUUGGGGUUGUAUACAUAUUAGUGCAGUGGAUGCACAUAAACUCUACUGUAUGUUAAAAUAUGGUGUAUUAUUAAGACUUUUUACGUUUUUUAAACAUAUUUAGGAAAUCAUUACUAUUGCAUAUAUUCAAUUAUUAGAAUUAUGAAGCAAUACUUAGAUCAGAUACAGAGUUUUUGUAACCCACCUGAACAUACCACUAUAUUGUCACUGAAAUUCAUAGAUCAUGUCAUUGGUGUUAAGUUUUAGGUUCUUGUGAUUUGCCACAUGGGAAGUAUUUUUGUAAGAAUAUUUUGAUGUCCAAAAGUAAUCGACAAAUAAGAUUUCACCAUCGUAUGAUGUUUACGUAUCAAAAUUAUAACUGGCAUAAAAUUCUAA